GUGGGUGGAUGGUAGCCAAGUGACAGGACCCAGCAUCUAGGCCCAGGUGGACGAUAAGGAAGAGGUGGCAUGUAGAGUUGUGGUUCAGGCAGGAAGCGGAGCCCCUGGAUUACCUCCCUUGGAGUAACCUGGUUAGGGCUUGGAGCCUCCUUCAGGGGCGCGCCCGGCAGAGUCUGGGCACCCCCAUCAGGAGGUCUCCUGAAGAGUGAACACCAGCACACGCUGAGCAGAGCCCCUGAUGGCACGGACGUCUCCAGCCCUGCAAGGUCCCCAGAGGGGGUGGGAGGCCGCCUGCCUGCCUUCGUGGACCCAUGGGCCAAGGGUCCGCAGCGGUCCGUUUGUGCGCCAAGUGCCGCAAGCGUUCCUUUGGGCACCAAGAAGGGCGUGGACCGCGGAGGCGACCGCGGAGGGGGGGCGGGGGGAGGGUGGACGUUCGGACCCAGGCUGGGGCGGGGCGCGGCACGUGGCACCGUAGUGGCCCCACCAAUCCAAGCCCAGGUGGCAUCGGCCCUGGUCCGUCUCAGCCAAUGGCAGAGCGCGGCACAUUGCUUUCCGCAUCCAGCCAAUCUGCGCGACGGCACGCGGCAACCCACCCCUCACGCUCGUCCAAUCAACUGCCGGGAGGCUGCCACGUCAGCGGGGGUCCGGGCGCCGCAGAAGCCUCUCUCCGCAGACUGCCGUCCGGCCGCUCACUCUGCGCGCUGCUCUCGGCGGGGCCGCCCUGUUGGUGGGGCUCUCCUCACGGCGGGGCUCCCCGCUCGGCCGCGCCCUGCUCUCUGCGGCGGCGCUCGGCUCGCGCAGGGCGCCCCUCUCGGCCGCGCAGCCCCGCAGCCUGCACUCAGUCCCCCGAGCGCCGCGGGCGCGGUCCGACCUGGCGGCGCAGGACGGGCGGUCGCCGGCGCACCGAGAAAGUACUCGUCGUAAAAAGUGACACAACUCGGAUUCACGAAGGCCCUCCUCCUUCAAGGUCAAUGGCCGACUGGAUUCCUAGCCCAUCUCUGUCUGCUCGGCAGCAGCUGACACCAGGUGUACAGAUGUGGGGCUGUGUUUUGGUGGUUGGAUGAUGGUCCGUGGUUCAUGCCUGCUAUGGUGAACUCAACCGUUCUGCGUUUGUUGGCCCCUGAGGCCCCGUUAGCUUUCAGCCACUACUUUGAGAGGAUGAUGAGCCUCCCAUUUGUAUGGAAAGCUGACACCGGGCCGGGUGAGAGGGUGCUUCCCAGGUAAUUUUAACAGCUGUUGCUGGAUGGCUUUCCCAAGAAAUUAUAGCGGUGCAGGCUCCACCCGCCAGCGGUGUGUGAAUGUGACAGCUUCCCCACACCCAGGCCCAAAGCAGCCAUCGGCACCCUACCGGGGCGCGCUGGGCAUGGAUGAAGACAGGAUGCCGGUUUUCCUUUUCCGCUGAAUGCCUUUUGUGGCUUGGAGGUCGCGUGCAUUUCCUCUUGCAGAACUGCCUGUUCAUAUCUUUUGCUCAUUUUUGCUUGCCAAUCUGUAGGAGUUGUUUAUAUAUUAAAGAUGUUAACUUUUUGUUACAGAAGGCACGGAUAUCUUCCCCAGUCUGUCUUUGGUCUUUCAGCCCUUGGGAUGGUGGUUUUUAUCCGAGAAAAUGUUUUAUGUGUUUAAAGUGAUAACACCUGUCUUUUGUUUUGUGAAAAAGGAAGAUUUUCCCACUUCAGAGGCAUAUAGCUAUCUCCUGAAUUAUUUGUAAUAUAAAUGUACGAAUGUUGUAUGUAAGUUUUAAUACAUUCAGCGUUUAUGCCUAACAUUAUGGGUAAUUAUCAACAAUCUGAAAAUGUAGAAGUAUUGUGUACAAUCUUAAACUAAAGCAUAAACUUUCUUGAGAAAA